AAGUAUAUCAAUUUCAUGACAAUGAAUCAUUCUGAUUGUUAAUCAUUAACUCAACUAAAAUGAUCAAAUAGUUUGAGAACCACUGUUGGAGAGUAGUCAUACAGGAAUGCAGAAUUGGUCACGGAGGAAGCGUAGAGAUUACUUUCCGAUAUGAAUAAGCUACGAUAUACGGGCGAAUCGAAAAGAAUACGAAGAUGAUAUAGUAGUCGAUGAUACGGUUGCUUAACCACUUGUUAAUAUAAUACUCUGUAUGUGCAAAUUUACUUAAUUUUCAAGAUAAACAUGUAUAGGAAAUAUAUAACCUUACGAUUUGCAAAAAUUUAAGAAAAUAAAUCAAGUAAAUGUUGAUUUAGUGUAUUUCGUGACAAGCAUGCAUUGUUUAUUUAAACUCCUUAUUAAAUAAUUUUCAAUAGUUUUUAAUUAACUAACAACAAAGUGCAGUUUUCAAGUGCAUCGAUGCAACACAUCACAACAUAACCAUAAAAUAAGAGGCCAAUAAUUGAAGUCUGUGUAUUGAGAUAUAUAGAAAAAUAUUCUUAUGAUUAUUUGUUUUAGCAAAUGAUCAUUAUUUGCAACUGUGAAUGAUUUUGUUGUUGUUAAUAAUUUAGUUAAAAAAUUGUUUAAAGAUGCGUGUAGAAAGCUUACUAAUACAAUUUGUCACAAUAUUUUUAUAUAUCUUAAAAACAAAAGCGGAAGGUAUUAUGUGCUACCGUUGCGUGGCAACAUUUUCAGGACACGACGCAUCUGAAAAACUUUGUUCCCAAUUCAAUGGGAAUAAAACAUUUCAAGUUUCUUGUCCUACAUCAACAUUUUGCGUUAAAAAAACUGUCUAUUAUAAAUCCCAAACAUCCAUGAUUAAAACAGUUCAAAGAGACUGUGCUACUCAAAAGUAUAUAUAUAAAUCCUAUGAUUUUGAAAAAAAAGAAUGGAGUGAUAAGGAAGAAGUAAUAAAAACAGUUUACGAAGAAGGCUGUGCUACUGGUGAGGACAGAGGAGCAACUGGUAGACCACCUGAAUAUUGUUACUGCGAUUCUGAUUUAUGUAAUUUUUCUCCUUCCAUUAAGACGGUAAAUGUGACUACUGUCUUUCUAUUAGCGCUAUCUUUAUUAUUUGUUAAAUUUGUAUAUGUUUAAAAAGUUAACUAUUGAUAGCCUCCAAAUUAAAAUAUUGUUAUUCCGAAGGAGUAAGUUUAGAAAAAAAUAUUUGAGAAAUUCAAUGCAUUUCUUAAAAUGCAACGAAUGCUUAAGUUUAAUUAUGUACUUCUAAUAUUGUGUAUUGUAUUUUUAUAAAUUAAUUAGGUAUUAAUAUACCUAAUAUAUUGUGAUAUCGUUACGUUAAGAAAAAAAUGUAAUCUCUAUUAAGGAUACCAUUUUAUUUACAAUUUAAUUUAAUUAUUUAAUAUAUUACGCGAUAUAUUCCAUCGAUAAGAAUAAUCUUUUAUUUUAGAAUUUAAUCUGUGGCCAAUAGAUGAAUAUUUUUAACACUCACCUGCUUAAUUAUAGCAUACAUUUCAUAAUUUGCUAUACGAUACACAUAUUAGUUUCCUUAUUUUGAAUUAAUGAAAAGUAAUGAAAUAAAAAACAAAAAGGUUCCUUA